GAUCGAGCAUCCUGUCCUCAACAUCUCUCCUGCUGUCUCCACGGCAACACAGACUCGGGUACCACUUGUACUUAGCAACCUUGCAAGAGCAAGCAUUACCCCACUGCUUGAGUAUGGAGCUUGAGCUAUCCACUUCCAUACUAUACUCAGACAUCCUUUUCUACAAUGCCACACAGAACCUCUCCUUCUCCCCCACAUCCAACAGCAGCUUCAGUGUCCCAGGCCAGGGGGUCUCCAGAAACCAUGCUUCAAUUAUUAUGGCUGUGGCAAUUACUGCUCUUUACUCAGUGGUGUGCGUGGUGGGGCUCCUCGGCAACAUCCUGGUCAUGUAUGGAAUUGUGAGAUACACCAAGAUGAAGACAGCAACCAACAUUUACAUCUUCAAUCUUGCCUUGGCUGAUGCACUGGCAACCAGCACUUUACCUUUUCAAAGUGCCAAGUAUCUCAUGGAGACCUGGCCAUUUGGAGAAAUCCUCUGCAAAGUCGUAUUGUCCAUAGACUACUACAACAUGUUCACUAGUAUUUUUACCCUGACUAUGAUGAGUGUGGAUCGUUAUGUAGCCGUGUGCCAUCCCGUGCGAGCAUUGGACUUUAGAACCCCCUCAAAGGCCAAAGCUAUAAAUGUUUGCAUCUGGAUUUUGUCAUCUGUUAUUGGAGUGCCCAUCAUGGUUAUGGCAGUUACCAAAACAAAUAAAGUUGGCAGCAUCACUUGCAUGCUUCAAUUUCCUCGCCCUGAUUGGUAUUGGGAUACCGUUACCAAAAUCUGUGUCUUUAUCUUCGCUUUUGUGAUUCCAGUCUUGGUAAUUACAGUAUGCUAUGGGUUAAUGAUCCUUCGCCUUCGCAGUGUACGCCUCCUGUCUGGAUCAAGAGAGAAAGACCGCAACCUGCGCCGCAUAACCCGUAUGGUUCUAGUAGUGGUGGCUGCCUUCAUCAUCUGUUGGACACCCAUCCACAUCUUCGUUAUUGUGUGGACUAUGGUGGAAAUUGACAAGAGGAAUCCUUACGUUGUGGCGAGCUGGCAUUUCUGCAUUGCCCUGGGAUACACCAAUAGCAGCCUGAAUCCAGUGCUUUAUGCCUUCUUAGAUGAAAAUUUCAAGAGAUGCUUCCGAGAUUUCUGCUUUCCCUUCCGCUCACAUGCUGAACAGAGCAGUUUCAGCAGAGCCCGUAACACUACCCGGGACCAAGUAUCCACUUGCGCCCAGUCACAUGCUCCAGACAAGCCAGUAUGACUAGACAUGGAUGGCCGAAGGAGAGGCUCCCGAGGCCGCCGAGUAGAAGAUCUGAACUCAGAGGUCACUCAGGUUACCAGUACCACUGAAUUUUAGCAGUAGGUACUUUGGGCCUAGCUUUAUGUGCUGUUCGAGAAUACGAAGGUAUUGUGACACUUUCCUAUGAUAACCAUUGUGUUCUAGACUUCUUCAAAUUCCUUCAAUCUUUUCCAACAGAGCAGACAAUCAGACUCUUUUUACACAAAUGAAUCUUGACUCUAAGCUUCAGCUGUAGCUGGAGUGGUAAAGAGUUUACUAGUGAUAUUGCUACCUAGAUAUCUUCCAUAAAAUUUAAUAUUUGACUGUAGUUCAUGCUGUGAACAAAUGUCCAAUCAUUGAAAGCGUUGACAGUUAAAGCAAAUCCAGUG